CUCCCCCUCUAACCCCUCCCCACCAACACGACCCAACACGUACUUACGUACCACAUCUGCACCUAAUUAACCACGCUCUCGGCCUGCGGAUCAGAUCAUCCACCUCCCAGUCUGGUUUCCGCGCGCGCGUGCGUGCGUGCGUGCGUGCAUGGACAGGCUGAGGAGCGUGGUGCUGCGCAGGUGCAAGAGCCUGUCGCGGGCGGGGAGCAGGCGGGCGUCCUCCUCCAGCUCCUACAGCAACCUCCGCUCCAUGUCGGCCAGGGACGCCGCCGCCGGCGAGGACAGCGAGGCGGCGGCUGCAGAGGGGGCGUCGGCGGUGGUGUUCGUGGGCAGCUCGCGCCGGCGGUACGUCAUCAGCGCCAGGCACCUCCGCCACCCGCUGAUCGCCGCGCUCAUUGACGACGCCGGCGGCGGCGGGGUCGGGGAUGGUAGCAAGGAGCCGGUGGCCGUGAGGUGCGAGGUCGUGCUGUUCGACCACCUGCUGUGGAUGCUCGACAACGCCGUCGACCUCCGCGCCGGCGCCGGCGGCGAGGACGACGCCGUCAGGGAGCUGGCCCAGCUCUACGCCACGUGAUAGCAACUUGCAGGUGAUCGACUCGUCGGUUCAUAUAUAGUACUCCGUAUAUGAUCAACGAUGCUGCAUGAACCAUAUGCGUGUUGGUGUUGGUCCUCUCUGAAUUUGAUUGAUUCUUUUUGUGUGUUCUUGCGCGAGAUCUAAGAUUCUCGGGCGCCAAGUGGAAGAUACUCCCUUCGUUCGGAAUUACUUGUCUCGGAAAUGGAUAUAUCUAGAAUUAAAAUACGUCUAGAUACAUUCAUUUUUGCAACAAGUAAUUUUGAACGGAGGGAGUAUAUACCUUGGGUUCGUUCGUAACUUCGUAUAGGCAGAGCUGCUUCAUAGCUAAUGGUUUUGCAUUUGUUCUAGCUAAUGGUUUUGUAUUUGUUCUAGCCAAUCACCGUAAAACUUGUAUUGUUGAGAUGUGUAUUUUUGCAUUUAAUUUGUGUCGUGGCGAUCUAAAGCGUGUGUAAACUGUAAAGAGGUCGUGCUGCCUAAAGUAAAUUAUGUAUACUUUCAUUCCAUUUCA